AUGGACGAUGUUCAGAAAUUGUUAAUCAUGGUUCUGAAAAGGGGUGAUGAUCAUUUGGAUGUAGAAUUAAUUCAUUGUUCAAUGUGUACUAAUUUUCUCAUGUCUUGCAAGUGUAUAAGAGAGUUGUUGGUGGGUUCUAUUUGGCUCGACAUGAGUACUCUAAGUGUUUGGUGCUCGUACAUUCAUCGUUUAUGCAUUGAAAACAACACCACAAAUGUAUAUGGAAUUUUGGAACCAACUUUUCUGAACAUUGUUGGUGAUGCUGGGAAAAAAAGUGAUCAGAGAAUAUCUCAAAGUAAAUGCAAGAAAUACAUCCAGCAUAAGUUACAAAAUGAAAAGAAAGAGUGUCAAUUAUUACCAUUUAACCAUGUAGGACAUUGGCAGUUGAUAAUACUUUGUCCAAAGAUAAAUACCGUGGUUGUUAUUUGUUCACUACAUUGGAAACUUAAUCCAAUAAUGGAGAAAAUUGUUUCAAGUGUUUUUACGGUUGAUCAAAUGGCGAAUGGCAAUAGAAAGAACAAUACCGUAUGGCUUUAUCCACAAGCGAGGAAACAAUAUAAUUCAAAUGACUGUGGAUACUAUGUAAUGAAAAAUAUGUUGGACAUUGUCACUGCUAAGAUAACUGAUUCUUGGAUGGAGGUAUUUAAUGACCCAAAAGAGUUAACAGCUGAGGAGAUGUAUGAAUUGCGAUUACGUUGGUCAACAUAUUUUUUGGAGUUAUUGGAGGGUUAAGAUUUAUCUGGGUGAUGAAUUGGUUAUUAGCUUUAGUUUGAGUCUUGGAAGCAGAUCAGGUGAUGGAAUUGGUAUUUUGGCUCGGAUGUGCAUCUCACUGUUUUGGACUGUUUAUUUUGGACUAUUUUAGGAUGGUUUUAUGAAGGAAUUGGUAUUAGAAUUGGUAUUUUUGUGAUGGAAUUGGUAUUUUAUGAAGGAUUGGUAUUUUAGAAUUGGUAUUUUAGGAAUUGGUAUUUUAGGAUUGGUAUUUUAGGAAUUGGUAUUUUAGGACUGUUUAUCAGGUGAUGGAAUUGGUAUUUUAGGAUGUGCAUACUGUUCUAGAGUUUUGAUUUUU